AUGGAGAGAUCAAAAUCUCCAAUGAGAUCUCGAAAGAGACCCAGAUCUCCAAGCAGAUCCAAAUCUCCAUCGAUAUCCCAAUCUCCAAAGAGGAGAGUCAAGCGUCAAAAGAUGACGGCAAAGUCUCCAAUGAGAUACAGAUCGCCAAGGAGAUCCAAAUCUCCAAUGAUAUCCAGAUCUCCAAAGAGGAGAGUCCAGACUCCAAAGAGGACGGCAAAGUCUCCAGUGAGAUCCAUAUCUCCAAUGAGAACCAGAUCUCAAAUGAGAUCUCCAAGGAGAUCCAAAUCUCCAAUGAUAUCCCAAUCUCUAAAGAGGAAAGUCCAGACUCCAAAGAUAAGGGGAAGGUCCCCAAUGAGAUCCAUAUAUCCAAGGAGAUCAAAAUCUCCAAUGAGAUCUCGAAAGAGACCCAGAUCUCCAAGCAGAUCCAAAUCUCCAUCGAUAUCCCAAUCUCCGAAGAGGAGAGUCAAGCGUCAAAAGAUGACAGCAAAGUCUCCAAUGAGAUCCAGAUCGCCAAAGAGGAGAGUCCAGACUCCAAAGAGGACGGCAAAAUCUCCAAGGAGAUCCAAAUCUCCAAUGAUAUCCCAAUCUCUAAAGAGGAAAGUCCAGACUCCAAAGAUAAGGGGAAGGUCCCCAAUGAGAUCCAUAUAUCCAAGGAGAUCAAAAUCUCCAAUGAGAUCUCGAAAGAGACCCAGAUCUCCAAGCAGAUCCAAAUCUCCAUCGAUAUCCCAAUCUCCGAAGAGGAGAGUCAAGCGUCAAAAGAUGACAGCAAAGUCUCCAAUGAGAUCCAGAUCGCCAAGGAGAUCCAAAUCCCCAAUGAUAUCCAGAUCUCCAAAGAGGAGAGUCCAGACUCCAAAGAGGACGGCAAAGUCUCCAGUUAGAUCCAUAUCUCCACGGAGAUCCAAAUCUCCAAUGAGAACCAGAUCUCCAAUGAGAUCUCCAAGGAGAUCCAAAUCCCCGAUGAUAUCCCAAUCUCCAAAGAGGAGAGUCCAGACU